GCCCCUCCCCCUGCGGGACGCUCUAGCCUGCAGGCGCUGCCAUAGAGUUCUCCCGCGGGUGGGCGGGGCCGCGAAGGCCCCGGAUUUCCGGGUCCCUUCCCGCCGAAGAUGGCGGACAGCGAUUACGAGUCGGUGCUGUGCGUGAAGCCGGAGGUGCACGUGUACCGGGUGCCGCCGCGGGCCUCCAACCGCGGGUACAGAGCUGCAGAGUGGCAGCUGGAUCAGCCCUCAUGGAGUGGCAGGCUGCGGAUAACGUCCAAGGGGAAGAUGGCUUUCAUUAAACUGGAGGAUAAGAAUUCAGGAGAACUUUUUGCCCAGGCACCCGUGGACCAGUUUCCUAGCAUCGCUGUAGAGGGUGUGACAGAUUCCAGCAGAUAUUUUGUCAUCCGGGUUGAAGAUGAAAGUGGGCGCCGUGCGUUUAUCGGCGUUGGAUUUGUAGACCGAGGGGACGCUUUUGACUUCAAUGUAGCCAUUCAAGACCACUUCAAAUGGGUUAAACAGCAGAGCGAGCUUGCAAAACAAGCCCAGAACCCAGAUCAGGGACCCAAGCUAGACCUGGGCUUCAAGGAGGGACAGACCAUCAAACUGAACAUUGCGAACAUGAAGAAAAAAGAAGGAGCAGCAGGGAACAGCAAACCGCGCCCAGCAGGGCCUGGGGGCCUCAGCCUGCUCCCACCCCCUCCUGCAGGGAGAUCUCCUGCUCUGAUCCCUCCUCCAGGGGAGCAGCUUCCAUCAUGCCCUGCGGAUUCCCAGCUAACAAGCGCUGCUAACACAGAUGCCUCUUUGCCUUGGCCACAGCCCGGUGGUGCCACCACAGCUGCCAGCGCCGAUAUCUGGGGAGACUUUGCCAAAGCGUCAGGGUGAGGCCAUUCCUGCUGUUCAGUGUGGUCUGCAUCUACCCAGAAUCCGCAGAGCCCGGGCUGGGUUCAGUUCUAAACCAGACAUCCCGUCUGCUUUCCUGUGUGGAUGCUGGGGAAGGAACCUCUUCUCUUCACUGUGGACCAAAGCCUGGGGGAAGCCCCCCUGCACUCUACACUCUGAGCUAACAGGCCACUUCAGGAGAUCCCAGACCAUGACUGGUUGCAGCCUUUGUAGCUUUCUUGGGCAUUACAAGAAAGGGGCGAGAGCUAUGCAAAAACCAAAAAGUGCCCUGUGACUGCAGUGUGGAAAUAAGUGCCCCAGCGCUGGGGAGUGUGGGAGAGUGAUGCCUUAAACUCUGAACUCUCAACAGAAACCAGCAGCCCCAGCGGCUGGGGCUCUUAAUUCUGCUCUGAGAUCACAGCAAACCAUAGAGGACUAUAACCCUGGAGGGGGGGGAGCGAUUGUCCCCCCACUUCUCCAAACCAGCACACUGUGGUGUUUACAUAUUUCCAACAAGGAUGCUUUUGCGUAUCGCUUCUUCAUCCCUCUCCUUAUUUGCAGCCUGUUGACUAACUGAGAAUAGCCAAAGACAGUAACUCAACCCUGUCCCCUUCGACAAACAAGUGCUUUAUUAAAGAGCUUGUGGUGAGGAGAGAGCGAAGAGCAGUAUCAGAAGACUCCAAUUUGGAUUCAAUCUUGUUAGCAUUUGCUGUCUGAUGUGCUAAUGGGCUCUGCAAUAGAUGUGGAAUGACACAUGCAAUGCAAGCAUGUGCGGCAAGGGAUCUGCAGGGUUAACAACUGGCUACCCCUGCCAUGGCAGCUGGGUACUGCCAUGAGAUGCCUCAGCUGGAUGCCAGGAGCACUUCUCACCUUGAAUAGUUUGUUGUUGGGGUGGUGGUGGAAGAAAUACUCCCCAUCUGGCAGUGGGAAGGACAGUGGGACUGAUAUCGAGGCAGCAAGACCUUUAAUGCUGCCAAGAAUUGUUCUAGUGUCGUCCCUGCCAAGACUUUUCAACAGCAGAUUGUUGCAUGUCUUCUGAAGUGCUGCCCUGUCACUGAGACGUGCCUCUUUGAAAGGUGCUAACAACCAGCCUGAGAACUUCUGAGCACUUAGAUUAACUACAAUAGGUAACUGAUGGGGGAAGAGCUGUUAAUUGGACUACUCUGGUUAAUUAGCUGUAUCUGAGCAAAACUCUGAAAUUCCUUAUAAGUUUUCAUGCUUUGAUACUAAGUCUCUGACAUAGCUAGAUGCAAUGAAGGACAGAGCUUUGGUUGCCUUUUUUAUGGAGCUGGGCUUAAGAUUUCUCUUUUAAAAAAAUAUUUUCUUAUCUAUUUAUUUCGAGGUGAAGGCCUUUAACAGUAUGAAGUCCUGCUAUUUUUUUAAGUGUUCCAACUUUGUCUAUCUGUCUUUUAUUAUUUCAAACUGGAUGAUGAGGAUUUGAUUUCUGAUAUUUAAAAAAAAAAUCCUGAGAAUGUGUUUUAAUUUUGCCUUUGAGCCACUGGAAGAGCACCUGGGAAAAACAGGUGGGAAAUGUAACAUUAAAUUAACAAUAAAAUGUUUUGAGGGUAAGUAUGAUUCCUGUUUGUUUUCCAGAGUUAC